GACACCUAGGUCGCCACCUCAGUCGCAUGCAAGGGUGGCCGACGAGGACUACGCCGCCAUGCGGGUUCUGUGCGCGCUGCUACUGGUGCUGUUCGCCGGCUCGGUGAGGCUGGAGGACACGUACUGCUUCCGCUUCACGUGGCUGGGCCCCACGUGGGACAACAGCAGCGAGCUGGGCAACGCGACGUGCAAGGACCUCAACCUGAUGGCGCCGUGCACCAACCCGCUGGUCAUCACAGUGGACCGGACGCCGCCGAAUCUGACGUACAUGUGGUACACCUAUGAGCGGUCCCAAGUAGCCUGCAAACUCGCCAGGGGCCAGGUUUGCCUCAAGUACGCCAACUACUACAACGAUCAGCUUGAGAACGUAACGUACUUGUGCGGCAAGAUGACGCUGGACGGCAACGCAGUGACCUCGGGCUGCGAAUGGACGACCAAGGGCGCGUACCGCACCGAAGCGUGCGCCUGCACCUCCUACAGCUCCACAGGAAUACCUUGCAACUCGGCCACAGCACUCUCCGGCCAGCACUUCGUGGCGCUGCUAGUAGUUGCGUUCGCUGUCGUCUUGGCGGCGCUACCUGCGGCAUCCGGUUUCUGCAGUGCAUAACAGAUGGCGCAGCAGCCACCUCGACAGCAGUGUCGCCAUUCCAACUGAACUCCGUCACUUGCAGUUAUUCAAGCCAAUGCGCAUCAACCAUCAAUUUAUGGGAGACAGAUGGACGAUACACGCAAAAUUAUUUUGAAAGGUUCUCAAUAAAGCUACAGCGUACCAGAAUCACUGUCCACACCCAAUACUAAUAUCCAGGAUCCAUAACGUACAUACUUGUCAAAAACACACUAAUUAAUAAUAAUUUAUUUAUUUA